CGGCGGAAGCGGAGGAGGAAGAGGAAGCGGCGCGUCUUGGCGGCAAGGAAAGGCGCAGGGACGGCAGGAGCGGCGGCGGGGAAGGGUCGGUCCCGAGCGGAGCGCUCCGGCUCCGGUCCAGGAGGGACGGGAAGGACCGGGCCGGACCCGGUGUGCGGCAGCGGCCAAACCGGGGCUCUCCUGCCCCUCUCCCUUCCCUUGCCCGGCCCCGGUGCCGCAGGCUCUCGCUGCGCUCCGUGUCUCCGGUGCGGGGAUGGAGCUGGCGGGCGGCAGCACCAUCUCGCUGUGGACCGUGGUGGCGGUSGUGCAGGCGCUGGAGCGCAGCGUGGCCGCACACGCGUCCCGCCUCUUCAGCCUGGAGCACCGUGCCGGGAACAGCGAGAAGAAGCACUUGGACUGCGAGAAAGUGGUCGGGGAGUUGGGGAACCGGCUGGAGAGCAAGUGCGCGGCGCUGGACACCCUCAUCCAGGAGUACGGGCGGCUCCAGCAGCGCCUGGAGAACAUGGAGAACCUGCUGAAGAACAGGAAUCUCUGGAUCCUGCGGCUGCCCUCCGGGAUGGAGGCCCCCAAGGCUCAGGCUGCRGCACUGGAAAGUGAUGCUACUGGCUUUUCCACUCCAGAGUGGGAGAACCUGGAGGAGUGGCAGAAAGAGCUCUAUGGAAAGGUGCUGGCAGGGAAGAAAGAAGCCCUGGUCCUGCUGGAUGAUGUCAUCUCUGAACCUGCCCUCCUGUCCCGGCUCCAGGGAGGAGAAGCACCCUGCAGUGAGGAGGAAGCAGCUCCUGGAGAGAUCCCAGCAGAACCAGAGGCUCUGCUGUUUGAACUCAAUGUGAGCAGCUGGAACAGCACAGAAGCACAGGAAAACCAGGAGGGAAGAACAGAGCUGGCUGAACCUGGACAUGACUGCAGCAUUCCAGAGCCGAGUUUUGCGUUCACCGUGAAGCAGGAAAAGGAGGAAGCACCGUAUGCAAAGGAGCAAGGAGCCAUGGAGGGCAUGGAGUUCUCCGAGCUCGAUGUGGGACCGGACGCCGCUGGACAGAGCGCCCAGGCCCCGGCGGAGGGUGGGCCCCAGCCAAGGGCCUGGAGCUGCGAGGACCUGGACAGGAGAGGGGAUCCCGUGGAGGCCGGCACUGAAAACAGCAUAAUCCAGAUUAAGCGAGAGGAAGAGUUGGGUACUGCAGAUGGAGAGGAGGAGGAGGCUGCAGAAGCUCCUGGARAGCCCUSSCCAGAGCGAGGGUUUUACGAGCCUGAGGCACCCAGUCAGACCAGGAAAGGCAAUGAGAUGGAUGUCAGGGAGCUGCCAGGCACAGAGGGUGAGGAGUUCCCAAGAGAUCCUGACCCAGGAUUUCAAACUUAUGCAACGGAUGUUUCAUCGUGGAUUAAACAAGAGGAGGAGCCACCCUGCCCCGAACAACAGGACUUGGAGAAAGAGAAAAUCUCUGCAGAUCCAAGUACAGAUGACAACGUGAAGAGGGACCAUCCAGCAGAUUGCUUUGGGACCAAUGAUUCAGAGGUACCAAGAAGCCUGGGAGAGGGCUUUCCCAAGGAUCCCAGCCAUGGAGGGACAUGGGACAGUCAGUGGAACUCAGAAAURAUGGAAGCAAACGCCACUGGGAAUGGGAACGGCCUUGGAAGUGAUGCUCAGUACGAUUUCUUUAGUGCUCAGGAGAAGAGCCUUGAAAAGAGGCCAUGUGUGUAUAAGUGUGAGAGAAACACCCCACAGCAGGACCAGCCUCUGGCUCCCCAGGGAGAAGGGGAGAUGUUUCCAGGCCCCACAUGUGAAAGGGUGUUCUCUUUGCUGCACUCCCACCCGGGAGAGACGGGAAUGGGCCCUGGAGAGACAGGAAUGGGCCCAGGAGAGACGGGAAUGGGUCCGGGAGAGACGGGAAUGGGUCCGGGAGAGACGGGAAUGGGCCCGGGAGAGAUGGGAAUGGGCCUGAGAGAGACUGGAAUGGGCCCGGGAGAGAUGGGAAUGGGCCCAGGAGAGAUGGGAAUGGGCCCAGGAGAGAUGGGAAUGGGCCCAGGAGAGACUGGAAUGGGUCCGGGAGCCGCUUUCACCUCCUGUGAGGGGCCGGGGCCCCGCUCCAAGUGUGGAGAGACUGCCCUGGGCACAGCCAGGCCCUGGGAGCAGGACAGGCUGGGUGCAGAGGAACCUGCUGAGAACGAGGAGAGCUUCCCCAGGGACACRGCAGGAGCCAGCCCCUGCUGGGAGCCACCCGUGGCCCGGGGGAGCCCAGCCCAGCCCCAGAGCCAGGGCCGGGGCAAAUCCUACAUUUGCAGCGCCUGUGGAAAAAACUUCGUGUGCCAUUCCUGGCUCGUUAGGCACCAGACAAGUCACACGGGAGAGAGGCCCUACAAGUGCUCCAAGUGUGACAAAACCUACAGGAGGAAGGAUUACCUCCUGAACCACCAGCGCCGGCACACGGGAGAGAGGCUUUUCCACUGUCCUCUCUGCAGCAAAAGGUUUGUGCUCAAGAGGAGCCUGCUGAAGCAUCAGGAAGGUCACAUGCAGGACACACACGUGCCGCUGGUCAGCUGGUCCUGCAGGAACAUCGGGGGCUCCGAGAUGCAUUCCAUAUAGGACAUCCCUCACAGUCCCCUCAGUGUCCCCUCGCUGGGCCAGGGCAGCACCCCCAGCUCUGUGACAGGCUGUGGCAGCAGGAGGAGGCUGUGGAACGGCCAUCCCGAGCCCCUCCCAGGAAAAUGGAGGUGGUUGGGGGUUAUUUUCCACGUUAGACAGCAUUCACCGGUGCCUGUGGAUUUGGGGAGGUGUUGGAGUCUGGAGGUCCUGCUGGCUCUGAAUGGGGGAGAGAAAUCACGUUGACAAUGGGAACAAUUUGUGAUGUGUGUUACCAAGAAGAGUUGCCUGAAUAGAGAGCAAAUGUYUGAACUGUUAUCCCAGGAGUCCGGAGUCUUUGGGCUGGGCUGGGAACAAGUGAGUUAAAGAGAUGUUAACUGUCCAUUAAAUGAGUGAAACAGUCAGGAAACCCACUUGGGUGAAAUGCUUUGGGAAAGGAAGUGUUGUCCCUGUGGCAAACAGAAGGAAGGCUGCAGAGCCUGAGAGGCAGUUUAUUCCCACUGUUAAAUCCUGGGGCUCCACGCUGAACCCCAAGGGAGAAUUCCUGAAGGGUGAGAUCCUUACUGGGAGUUGUAAAAUGAUUGGGGAAGCCUGGAAUAGGGUUUCAAUUUUACACAGCCUUGAAAUUGUGUUGCAUUUAUUUUCCCACAUUGUUACCAGUCUUCUGUGYUUGUUCAAUUUUCCAAAUCCUGUGAAAGCAGAACAUGGAGAUGCUGCAGAACUCUGGGAAACAAGGAGUUAAUGAGCUGUUGUGUCCCAAACACUGAUAACAAGAUCUGCUGGGGAGGGGGCCAUGUGGGGGCAGGGCAGCUCUGCUCCUCCAGCCUCCCCUCUGGGUCUGUUGUGUCCCAUUCCCAAGGGGGUAGAAGCUCCCAAGGUCUGUAGAUGCCCGUGGUCAAAAAGGAGUGACAGAUGUUUAGAGGGGUCCAGAAAAGCUCACCAAGUUUUAUUAGCAAAUUCCACGCUCACCACGGGAAUUGGUAUCUCCRCCCUUAUCUUCUGGUAGUAAAAGARAUAAAAAGGUAAAAGGAAAGAGGGAAUAGAAAGGGAAAUCAGAGAGGAGAAGGGGAGGAGAUCACCUGGYUCCAGCAUUGAUCCAGCUGACAAUGUCCAGGAUCSCAGAGGUGCCCCUGUGAACACUGUAUCACCUUUUUAUAGCCAAGUUUUCCCAACCCUGGGGCUAUUUUUUUUCACAGUUGAGCAGACACAAUCCAUCCCUCUGGAUCCUUCUAGRAAUGGUUUUGGGGGUCUUUGGUGGCUUUUAUCCCCUCCAAACUGAUCAAUUUUGUUUGCCUUGUGCUGUUCCAUGCUGUGCUUACCUCCAGGAGCCAGAGCAAGGGUGUCUGUCCCAGAAAAGCGCUCUCCCACCUCYGUGUGCCCCCCUUCUCCAGCCCAAUCCUGUCCUUUCCCAUCUCCAUGGCCCAUUCUGUGUCACACAUAACAGUCCUUGGCUGGCCCUGUAGCUGUUGGUGUUUGAGACACGCACACGGACCCCUUAUCUCCUGGCCUUCUGCAGAAUCCUAAAUGAUAAAUUUAGGCCUGAAGAAUCAUCAGCUUGGGACUCUUAUUUGCUUCAGCAGAAUGCAGGGAAAGAGAUUUACUGGGGAAUUUAGAUAGGAAAAAGCGUGGUAGAGAGAAACAAGACCCAAGAGAGGAAAUAGAAGGGAGGAAAAGAGCUGAAUUAUUGCUGUCAGUGAAAACUGGGCAGCUGUAGAAACAGUUACAGGAAGAAAAUGAGGAAGAAAACCCCAAAACUGGAAAAGAUCAGAGGGGCCAAAAAUACCAGAGGGUCCCCCUCUGCAGCCACACCCUGUUCCAGUUUGUCCCUUGUUAYCCUAUUGGGACACAGCAACAUAUCAACUCUUGGGAUGUACCUGGAAUGCUACACCCC